UUUGUAAUGCUUGAAUUAGAAGUCGUUUGCAAGCUCCCAAUCAGACGACCAAUGACACUAAAGGUACAACCGUGCAUAAUAAUAAGGUAUUCAUCAGCUUCAAACCCAUGGAAACAUCAGCACAUGAAGGCAGUUUAGAAGUCAGAUCUGUCCCCAUCACCCCCGCAUAGCGAACCGCUGACUCGUGCUGUGCGUCUGAGUCCGGGAGCAGGGAGCAGCACGCGCGAUCGUUUCUGCGCGCGCAUUGGCUAGCGGAGGAGGGCGCACGUGGGCCAGUGUAAACAAGCCGGCAGCGCGCGCGCCCCCGCACCGCCCCCGUGCGUGCGCGGUCAGCUGGACCUCGGUAAAGCGGCUUGGACCUCAGUGCAGCGCGGACACGCCGGAGCAAUGGCGCUCGGAAACCUGGUUGCUUGUGUAUUCCUGUUAGUGCUUGGCUCCUAUGUGUGUGUGGGCUACGUGUUUCAAGCCGGACAGCCAACAGAAGAAAAAGAAGAGAUUCCCUUAUUCUCUAAAAUAUCUUUAUGGGAACGCACGACCGGUUCCUGUAAGGGGCGGUGCUUUGAGCUGGUGGAGGCGAAGCCUCCCGUGUGCAGGUGUGAUAAUCUGUGUAAGACCUACUAUAGCUGCUGCUCUGACUUUGAUAAACAUUGCCUGAAAACCGCCGGAGGGUUUGAAUGUACUGCAGAACGGUGUGGAGAAAGCAGAAAUGAGGACUAUGCAUGCCAGUGUUCAGAAGACUGUUUGGAGAAGGGGGACUGCUGCACCAACUACAAAGCUCUAUGUAAAGGUGACAGCCAAUGGGUGGAUGGAGACUGUGAGGAGAUUACCACCCCACAAUGCCCAGCAGGGUUUGUACGUCCUCCUCUCUUUAUUAUUUCCCUGGACGGAUUCCGUGCCUCCUACAUUAAGAAAGGAAAAUCGGUCAUUCCCAACAUUCAUAAACUGAGAACAUGCGGGACACGCUCGCCUCACAUGAGACCGAUGUACCCUUCAAAGACCUUCCCUAACCUCUACACGCUUGCCACGGGACUUUACCCGGAGUCUCACGGCAUCGUGUGUAACACCAUGUACGACCCAGUGUUCGACGGGAACUUCAAUCUGCGUGGGAGAGAGAAGCUCAAUCAUCGCUGGUGGGGUGGACAACCUAUCUGGAUAACAGCAGAGAAGCAAGGGGUGAAGGCAGCAACGUUCUUCUGGCCUUGGGUGAUUCCACUGGAGAGAAGGAUUCUGACCAUGCUUAGGUGGCUCCACCUGCCUGACAAUGAAAGGCCGUAUGUGUACGCAGUACACUCUGAGCAGCCUGAUGCGUUCGGCCACAGACUGGGGCCUCUCAGCAAUGAGCUGGAUAACCCACUACGAGAAAUAGAUAACAUCAUGGGUCAGUUGAUGAACGGUCUGAAACAGAUGAACCUGCAUCGAUGUGUAAAUGUCAUCAUAGUGGGCGAUCAUGGAAUGGAGGAGGCCCACUGUGACCGUACAGAGUAUCUCAGCUCAUACGGGCUCAAUGUUAAUGAUUACACGCUCAUCCCGGGAUCGUCUGGGAGACUGCGUCCCAAAAAUCAAAGCGUGCCAUACGACCCAGUAGAGCUUAUAGCUAAUUUAACAUGUAAGAUGCCCAAUCAGCAUUUUAAAGCCUAUCUGAAGCAGCACCUGCCCAAACGGCUGCACUACGCCAACAACCGCAGGAUAGAAGAUGUCCACCUGCUCAUGGAAAGGAAGUGGCUCGUGGCCAUGAACCGGUUACCUGGCAGCUGCGGCUACUUUGGUGAUCACGGCUACGAUAACAAAAUCAGCAGCAUGCAAACCAUAUUUUUGGGAUACGGACCGAGCUUCAAGUUCAGGACGGAAGUCCCGGUGUUUGAGAAUUUAGAGCUUUACAACGUAAUGUGCGACCUCCUGGGCCUUACUCCUGCACCCAAUAAUGGCACCCACGGCAGUCUAAACUCCAUGCUUAAAAACCCUCCUUACACACCCACCGAGCCAGAGGAAGUGACAUCACCAAAACCCCUGAACCCUGCUGCCACUUCACUGGCCUUGUACAACCUGGGCUGCAGCUGUGAUGAUGAGAAUAUGAUCGAGGAGAGCGCCGAAGGAUUUUUCUCAGAAGGCUCUGCUUUGUUUAACAAUAAGACCCAUCUGCCAUUCGGGCGCCCCGCCGUGUUGUUCCAGACCUCGUACUCCUUACUGCAGCACUUAGACUAUAUCAGCGCAUACAGUUACGAGCUGCACAUGCCCCUGUGGACGGCGUUCACCAUACCAAAACAGAUAGAGAGCACUGCUGCACCUCUUUCAGACACAGACUGUGUAAGAGCUGACAUCCGAGUUCCUCCUGAACACACACAGACCUGUGAUUCCAACGAGGAUCACAAGAUCAUUCGUGGAUUCCUGUACCCACCUGGUUUUUCCAUCUCUCCUGAUUCCAGAUAUGAUGCUUCAUUUAUCACUAAUACAUUCCCUAUGUACCCUGCCUUUAAGAGAAUAUGGAAAUACCUGCAGAUGACAGUAUUGAGGCGUUAUAGUGAAGAGAAGAACAGCAUUAAUGUUGUGACUGGACCCAUAUUUGACUAUAACUUCGAUGGACUCGGAGACACAGUGGAAAAAAUCAGAGAACAUGCAGGUGACUCUGCCCCGAUACCUACUCAUUUAUAUGUGGUAAUUACAAGCUGUGAAGUAGAGAACACAACAGUGGAGGAGUGCAAUGGAUCAAUUUUCACAUGUUCAUUCAUCCUCCCGCAUCGGCCAGAUAACUCUGAAAGCUGCAAUAGCUCAGAGGAGCCAUCCCACUGGGCGGAGGAGAUCCUGCGCACUCACACGGCUCGCGUACGCGACGUAGAACUGCUCACCGGACUCGAUUUCUACCGCUCGCUGCCGCUGCCCUACACAAACACACUCUCGCUGAAAACCUAUCUGCACACUUUCGAGGACAACAUCUAACGCCUGGUGAAGCGACAUCACUAAACACCACAUCACCUCUCUUCCCAGAUCCGCUGAUGAUUAGGUGUAUAGUUUUUAUACAGUUUGUCAUAUUUAUUGUUCAUUUCAGACGAAAUAACGAUGGUACAUUGUUUCAAACGCUUCAGCUUUAGAGUCACUAAACAUAUCUGAAAUACACUGGGUUAUCAUAAGUAUCUUUGCGUGUGUAUGUGUGUGUGUGUGUGUGUGUGUUGUAAGUUAACAGUUUGUUAGGUUUUAUGUGACAAUAAUGUGACCACACAGUAAAGUUCACUUACAGAACUCUCUA